ACCAUGCAGCCUAACUUGACAUGUUGGGACGCAGCAGCUGGUGGUGAUAGCUGAAGGAAUCUCGUUGACGUAUCGGACAACGAAGUACACGAGACAAGGAAACACGCAAGGGGAAGGUAGAAGAGACCAGAAGUGUCCAAUUUAUUAAUCAGCGUGGUUUUCAAGAUCGACAAAAAUUGGAAACUAUCAUGAUGUCAGUCCUGGGGAACGCCGGUCGCUUGAUUCAAUUUGUCAGGAGUAAUGUCAGUCUAAGCGUGAGAGGACGAGCCACUGCUGCAGCUUUGGCCCAUACUGCGACCCCAGAAAUACAGGACAAUAGGAAACCCAAGACUGGCAUCCUAAUGUUGAACAUGGGAGGACCUGAGAAACUAGAAGAUGUGCAUGACUUUCUGCUGAGGCUCUUCAUGGACAGAGACUUGAUGAAACUCCCCGUACAGAAUAAGCUGGGUCCGUUCAUUGCCAAGCGACGCACACCAAAGAUCCAGGAACAGUAUAGUAAAAUUGGAGGAGGCUCACCCAUCAAACGUUGGACCGCCAUGCAGGGAGAGGGCAUGGUAAAGCUGUUGGAUGAAAUGAGCCCUGAAACAGCACCUCAUAAAUUCUACAUCGGUUUUCGGUAUGUCCACCCACUGACUGAGGAGGCCAUCGAAGAGAUGGAGAAAGACGGAGUGGACCGAGCUGUGGCUUUCACACAAUAUCCUCAGUACAGCUGCUCCACCACAGGUAGCAGUUUAAACGCCAUCUAUCGUUACUAUAGAAGCAGAAGCGACAGGCCAAAAAUGUGCUGGAGUGUUAUUGACCGUUGGCCCACACACCCUCUGCUGGUGGAGUGUUUUGCAGAACACGUCAGUAAUGAGUUGCUGAAGUUUCCAGAAGCGAAGAGAGAUGAUGUUGUGAUUCUAUUCUCGGCUCAUUCACUCCCUAUGGCUGUUGUAAACAGGGGUGACCCAUAUCCACAGGAGGUGGGUGCCACGGUACAGAGAGUUAUGGAGAGACUUGGGCACUGUAACCCUUACAGAUUGGUGUGGCAGUCCAGGGUGGGGCCCAUGGCGUGGCUUGGCCCCCAAACGGACGAGGUCAUUAAAGGUCUUUGUGAAAGGGGAAAGAAAAACAUUCUGCUUGUCCCGAUUGCCUUCACCUCCGACCACAUAGAGACUUUACAUGAGUUGGAUAUAGAGUAUGGACAGGUGCUCGGUGAAGAGUGUGGUGUGGAAAACCUUAGAAGAGCAGAGUCCUUGAAUGGAAAUCCUUUAUUUAUGAAGGCUUUGGCAGAACUGGUCCACUCCCACUUGAAGUCCAAUGAACCAUGUUCCCGCCAGCUGACCCUACGCUGCCCACUGUGCACCAAUCCCACCUGUGGCGAGACAAAGGCCUUCUUUGCCAACCAGAAACUGUCGUAGGACAUGUGCACACACAUCAUGUAUGUGUGGGCCACCUGGCUGCAAAAGACCUAAAGUUCUGCACUGUCCAAUGUUGAAAACCCAAUGACGGACGAGACAUUCAUAACCAAUUUACACCUUUUUGAGGAAAAUUAUCUAAAAGGAACAGGAUGAAAGUAGGUAUGCUUCUGCAUUUCAUACUUUUCUCAUUUUCUUUAGUUUUUGUUUACGCAGACACCAAGAACUUACUGAUCAUGUUUGCUUUAUUUUUGGAAUAAGUGAGAAUGUGUGAAACAUUUUAAAUAUAUUCACAUAAGCUGAUUGUAAGAAUGUUACAUUCAAGUAUAACUGAAUUGUAAAUAGAAGUGACUUUUUUUUUUUUUUUUUUGCGGUAGUUCCUGCAUUCCAUCCGUUUGGCCAUGAAAACUAUGGUCUCAUUUUCAGCUGACUGACCAUAGUGGAAAGGUUGUGAUUCUUAUUUUUCUUAGUCUAUAGUCACAUGGCAGGCUGGUGUAAAAGUAUACAUGUUAUUCACAAUGGUGAGCCUAAAAACAACCUUGUCUCAAUUCCAGAGAUGAUUUAUUCUUUAAAACUGCUGCCGAGUAUAUUUUUCAGAUUUUUCUGAACUUCCAUUUCCUGUAGCAGGUUGUUUCAAGGGUUUAAAGGGAGAGCUCUUUUAAGAAAAUUCCAUCUUAUCGAGUAUGGAGGACCAAAUGGGACAGAAUAAAAUAUAUUUAUAUAUCUUUAAAUACAUUCUUUAAUUAAUUAAAAUGGGAAUUAAAUACAUAAAGUGUAAUUAAAAGUUAUUAAAAUUAUAGUCCAUUUAAUGUUAAAAUUUUUUUUCACUAUUAUUUCAUGUUGUACAUGUGUUUCAGCACUUCAUCAAUAUAUUUUCUCCGUCAAACUCAUCCAUCAACGUCAGUGGGCAGGACUAACUCCUGAUUGGUUACCCAACACUGGUGGAUUUGAUAUAAAUAAUAGAGCCACUAAGCAUAUUCUUACACAAUAGGUGGAGCUUCCUUUACCUGGGUCAAAAAAAGUGGACGACUUGUGACUGCACGUUUUGCUCAUAAAUUUAUGAAGUUCUGCGACGAAUAGCCGAUAUUACGGCAACAACUUCGUUAAACACCUCUGCUUUGCACACGAUAUUGUUGGUCAGCAGGUCCCGCUUGCUGCCAUGUUUUGAAAGACUUCAGGCAACAGCAAUCGAUUAGACUUGGGGUUAGUCCCACCCACUGACUUAAUGUAAAGAAGCACCAUAAUAUCGGUUACCGAUAAUUAUCGGCCGAUAAUGGCAAUUAUGAUGUCACGCUGAUAAUCCAGAUUAAAAAAAAAAAAAAAAUUCAACUGAUAAUGCAAUCCGAUAAUUAUAUACUUAAUCUGCCCACCAAAUGUGCGCAAUUGACGCAGUUUUGUCCAAUUCUGCACCGGCGCCUCAACCCUUCCAAAGGCAUUUUUGUGCAAUUAAGUAUAAGUAUUAUUAAUAUUAAUUAAUAUAAAUUGUUUAGAUGUUGGAAUUUACUACUUUUUCACAUUUAAUGUGGAAAGUUGACCGCAAAUUUAUAGAAAAUUAUGUCAUUCAUUUGUGCUCGUUUGUGCUGCUAUCGUUUUUUAGAUAUUUGAGGUCAACCAGCCCCCAAUUAUGAUUUAAAAAAAAAAAAUCGCUAAAAAUGGUUUCACUCGUCUGUGCUAUGUUUGUGCUGCUAUCGUCUGAGAUAUCGAGGUAUUAAUUUUGAGUACUGACGUCACGCAGCGCCCCAUUUAUUGCCGAAAUGAUACCAUUCGUUUGUGCUCAUUUGUUCUGUAAAAAAUUGUUUGUGCUGCGAUCGUUUUAUAGAUUUACAGGUAUUAAUUUCGAGUGAUUGUGUCACUCGCAGCCCUUCAGUCUCAUAACUCCAGCGGCUGACGGAGCAUACCCCACUCUCAAUAACAGAGGGGUGUCCCAACAACUUGUUUAAACGUAGCACAAACGAAUGGCAUCCCUCCGGGUCCAUUUUGCAGUAAAUGGGGGGCUGUGAGUCCCCCAAUGACUGCAAAAGGGACCCGAAGGGCUGCCAUUCAUUUGUGCUAGUUGUUGGGACACCAUCCCGUUUAAAUAGAGAGUUCGUUGCGAUUGACCUCAUCACUUGAAAUUAAUAUGAAAUGAUAGCGGCACAAACGAAAAUUUUUACAGCACAAAUGUAGCAUAAACGAAUGGCACCAUUUUGGGCCGGUUAUGCAACAAAUGGGGGGGGGCUGCGUGAUGUCAUCACUCAAAUUUAAUAUGUCAAUGUUUCAAAAACAAUAGCAGCACAAUUAAAUUUUACAGCACAAACCAGCACAGAGAACAAACGAUUGACACAAUUUUUAGCCAUUUUUAAUCAAAAUGGGGGGCUGGUUGAGUUCAGAUUGACUUAUAAAAGAAUUGUUAAUAUCGCAAAAAAAUGGCAGCACAAAUGACGUUUUUCUAUAAAUUCGCAUCAGAUGGGUGGCCAACUUCAUGGAUGAGGAAAUUAUUGUUUAUCGGUAUCAAUUGAAAAAUAUUUUAUUGUGCAUCACUACUUUAAUGGGUGAGUUUGACAGAUAAAAUCAUGAAGUGCUGCAAUACGUGUCCAAGAAAUAAUUCAUUAAAUAGUGAAAUAAUUAUAUAAUUACAUUCACUGAGCUAGUAUUUCAAUUAAUGACACGUUUAUUUAUUUACUUCCCAUUCUAAUUGGCACAUUAAAUAUUUAAAGAUGUAUUUAUAGAUUUCAUUCGUUACCGUUUAGUCCUCCCUCCUUGAGAUUGGACUCGAUCUUUUGUAAAUAUUACCCUUUAUAUACCCCCCCCCCCCCCAAAUUGCCGUAAUAUUGUGCCUUUGACAAGUUAGUGCUUAUGGGAAGUGUGAAUUUACCAAAGGAUAUGCUCAAUUAUUGACUGAUUGACGCCAGCGCAAGCAACAUACUGACUUUAAUCUCAAUGCUCCUAGUAAGGAAGGAUAAGAGGAGCCUACUCAAAGGGGAGACAAAAUCAGAGAAGUUUCAUGUUUGACUGUUUCAGUCAUUUCAGUAUCGUAACCACUGCUUAGCUAUCUAGAAUUACACUUUCUCGCAAAAAAUAUCUCUUCAAAUAAUUCUUGUGCUUCCGAAACUUCGAUAAAGGUUGCUAAUAACAGUAGUCAAACCCUCUUAUGUACUUUAUGUAUACAGUAAGUGAAGUUAAGUGAAAUGUCAACAUGGGUAUUAUGUGUAAGGUUUAAACCCUAACUCUAAAUUAAAACGGGUAUUAUUUGCACAGUUAAUUCCAGACACCUUUCAGUGAGGAAGUCUUAGCAAAAUAAUCCAGUCAGUUACAAUAUAGCCACAGGACAACACUGUAUGAUUGAGAGAAAAAGCCAUUAAAGCAGUUGAAUGGCGUUACUCAUUUUUAGUCGUUUUAAAGUCAUGUCUGCUGCCAAAUGUUAUCUUAAAAGUGUGUUGAGCAACAUCACUUUUUCUAAUUGUCACAUUUUCCCUCCAGCAGAAGUAUAUUUUUGUUUGCAUUCAUUGGUUUGUAUUUGAUUUGUUGCAUUAUGGAACAUAUUUAUCUGCACUGUUUGAAAUAAUUGUUAUGGGGUGUCAGCAUGUCUUCCUGUACAGUCAAAUAAAUGGCAAAAUGCGCUACAUGAGAACUGGUUUCUGACUAUAUUGUUAAAGCAGACAUUUCGUUGUAUUAACUUUUUAAAACAAAACCACUUCCAGAACAAAAAUUUAACAGGAGUCCACAAGUCAAGUCACUUUUAAUAUAAACCUUGAAUCAUAACAACAUCCCACAAGCCUUCACAGACCUACAGUUGACCUAAGUAUCAAAUGAAUGAAUGAAUAAUUACAAGUAAACAAUGAAACUCCAAAUGAAUAAUGACUGAUCUAUUCUAAACCCUCCAUUGAGGUAGUAAAACCUGUUUACCGCAAUGUAAAAUAACUGGAUUAUACAAACAAGUUUCCUGAGCGAAACAUGGACGGCGCCAUCUUUGACAUUUUCUGGUAUGGAUUUCUGGUUUAGACAGAUUGAUACGCAUCCAGUGACCAAAAUGAGGCAAAAUUACAAAUAAUAUUACAGUUGCCAAAUGCAGAAGGGCUGACAGAUUUUUUGUUACAAGGAAAUACAACAAGGGAUUGUU